AUGCAACAACGCACAAGGAUUACUAUUGACAACAAUAAUGUUGAUGAUGAUGAUGAUGACGAUGAUGUCAAACAAGAAGUUACUAAUACAAUUGAAAAAUUUGUUCAAUCUCGUCAUGUACAAACAUUAAAAUAUUUACGACAUGUUAUUGAUGAAAAUCGUCAUUUAAGAUUACAUAUUGAACAUCUUAAACGACGUCAAGAUAUUCCUGUUAAAUCACCAGCUAAUAUUGAUUCAAUUGAACCUGAAGAAAUUCCAAUUACUGAAAUUCCUUUAGGAACACCUGAACUUAUAUUAGAUCUUGAACAUAUUGAUGAAGCAACAAAUACUGAAGGAGAUGAUUAUGAAACAAAAUAUCAUAUAUUAAAUGAUGAAUUAAUUAAUCUUAAAAAACAACAUAAUAUAAAUCGUGAAGAAUAUCAACGUGAACUUGAACGUGUUGAUCAUCAAAAUAUUCAAUUAGAAAAAGAUUUAAAAAUUGCACAACAACAAUUAAUUAUUGUACAAAAAAGUGUUAAUGAUAAACAAAUUGAAAUUCAAAAUCUUACAACAAUAAAUUCUGAUCAAAAAUUAUUUAAUGAAGCAUUAAAUAUACGUAUUAAUAAAUUUGAACAAACAAAUAGACUUUUAGUACAAUCAUUAACAAUAUCAGAAGAAACUCAUCUAGAACUUGAAAAACAAUUAAAUGAAUUACAACAAACAUAUCAUCAAACAGAAGAAAAUCUAUCUGAAUUACAAAUUCAAUAUAAAAAUAUUCAAACAUAUUUACAAACAUCUGAACAUGAUGUUGAAUUAUUAAAAGAAAAAUUAAAUAUUCAAUUAAAUAAAUGUCAAGAAUUAAAAAAUGAUAAUGAAGAAUUAAAAGAAACAAUUAAAUAUCUUCAACAACAAAUUCAAGAGAAAAUUCAUCAAGAAGAACAAUAUAUUCGUGAAAAACAAUUAAAUAGUAAUUUUAAAGAUUUUGUACAAGUUAAACGUACAUUACAAAUAUGUCAACAAGAAAAUGAACAAUUAAAAGUUGAAUUAAAAAAAUUACAGAUAAAAUUUUUAAAUAAAAAUGAAUAA